UAUAUCUUCUUCCAUCUCUUACAUAUAAUAAAACAAAACCAUCGAAGUAUAAACCCUUAUAAUUCGAUGAUACUAUUUAGAUGAGAACCUGCAUUCUUGUUGCAUUAUGUGUCAACCCUCUCACCAAAGCUUCAAUUCUUCUCACCUUGUAACCCUUCGAAUGUGAGGGAAAGCAAUGACUUUACCUUAAUUGUGUUGCCCUAUUGUGGUUCUUCAUAGUAGCUUUGAUAGGUAACCAACACCGAAUAAAUACCUUGAUUUUCAAAAUAAUUAAUGGCAUGCUAUAUUGAGGUUGUCUAACAGGCUCUUCAACCCAUGAAUCAACAUAAUCAGUUUUCUAUCCUUCUAUCUUAUCACAAUGUGGCAUAACCAUAUUAUAGUAGCUACAAGAGUAUUAUCAUAAACAACCUUUUGAUCAUGCAACAUCUUAGAAUAAUUAGCAUUACUAGAAUAAGGAUCAAGUCACAUUUUCAUCAACUUUCAGUUCUGGUGUUGUAGAUGUGGAAGUAAUAACAUCACCAAAGUUAGGUUCAUAAAACUAGAUCACUCUAUCCCAUUGAUGUUUAGUAAAACUCUCAAAGAAAGCAUUCACAAUGGCAUCAAGCUUGGCUUGUAUAUUCUGACAAUCUUACUAGGAAGCUCUUCAAGCGACGUUAGCUUGUUACUGAUCUUUGAUCUUAGGAUUGAAGGGACCGGUGUGAUCCUCUCUAUCUUUAGAUCUAUCACUAUUCGAGAUAAGGUUAGCAGGUUGGAGCUUGAUACUUCUUUCAUAGAAAAUACUCUAAAAUUGUGUUGAUGCCAGAAGAGAUCCAGAUCAUACACAAGCAAAUGCUAGCAUGCUUGUGGGCGGCGCAAGACCAUGAACACAAUUAGAAACAUAGCAGACAGAUAAAAGUGAACUAGUGACUGGUGAAGCUGAUGUUGAUCGUCGCGGAUGAGCACGUGGAAGAUGUUAUAGGAUCCUCAAGGUCACCUAGAAUGUUGCUAAAUCUCAUUGGAAGACGUGACAAAAAAUAAGAUAGAAAGAAAAAAAAAGAUAGAAGUGAGUAGCAGAUAUUUUGAGUGGUCAUCGAAAGUUCAUGAUUCAACGGGUGGGACCGGCAGUGAUGACAUUUGCAUAUACUUUUUUGCCCUACUGGCUGGGUCUACAAAAGCUAAUUUCAGGAGCCCAGUCAAUAAAUGUCAUGUAAUACGCAGUAGCGAUGUAGGAAGCACAUCUAUGGACAUUGUUCAACAAGCACAAAUUAAUUUUCAUCGAGACAGAUGGUUUGUUCCUGACGCUGGGCACUAGCUAGCUUACUUUUUAAACUACCGUUCAGACGUGUUUUUAAACACACGCACUGACCUGCGCGCACGCACACACUGAGGCGAGGGAGAGAGAGAGAGAGUGAGUGAGUGAGUAAUGGGCGGUUCAUCAGGCCUUGUGGACUGGAGAGGACGGCCGGUGAACACCAAGAAGCAUGGAGGAGUGAGAGCUUCAAUUUUCAUUCAUGCGCUGGUGCUGCUCAGCAACGUAGCCAACAUUGCCAGUAUACUGAAUCUUGUAAGCUAUCUGCGCGAGGAGAUGCACAUGGAUGUCGCGAGGGCGACGACGAUGGCCAGCAAUUUCUUUGCCGCGCUGCAAAUGUUCUCCAUCCCAGCAGCCUUCCUUGCUGACUCCUACAUCAAGCGUUUCUACACUGUCCUCAUCUUUGGCCCAAUUGAAAUACUGGGCUACAUCCUGCUCGCGGUCCAAGCACAUGUCCCAUCCCUGCACCCACCACCGUGCGUCCCUGGACAAGAGACAAGUACGUGUGAGUCGGUGAGCGGUUCGAACCUGAGCCUGCUCCUCCUGGGUCUCUACCUGAUCCCCAUCGGCGAUGGGGCGGCUCGGGCAUGCCUCCCGGCUCUCGGCGGGGAGCAGUUCGACACGUCGGAUCCCGUAGAGCAGAGGCAGGAGUCGAGCUUCUUCAACUGGUACACCUUCUCCGUCUCGACGGGUGGCUUCGUGGGGCUGGUCUUCAUCGUGUGGGUGGAGAACAGUAAAGGCUGGGACGUAGGCUUCGCCGUCUGUGCCUUGUCCGUGCUCCUCGGGAUGCUGAUAUGGAUUGCUGGCCUCCCGUUAUACAGGAACCAGCUGCCAACUAGUAGCCCCAUCACAAGAAUACUGCAGGUUCUUGUAGCUGCAUUCAAGAAAAGAAAUGUUGCAUUACCGGCCAACCCCAGUGAGCUAAAGCAAAUAAGUCAAGACGACGCCGGUUCCCUCGAGAUUCUGCAUAGAACCGACGGAUUUCGCUGCCUUGACAAAGCAGCGGUGGACACCGGAAGGACCGGUGGCUGGAUUCUCUGCAGCAUAACCCAGGUGGAGGAGACUAAGAUCAUUCUCCGGAUGGUGCCCAUCUUCCUAAGUGCUGUCCUAGGCUACAUCCCGGUGCCUCUCAUCCUCAAUUUCACCGUGCAGCAGGGCAACACAAUGGACACCAGGCUUGGCGCACUUCACAUCUCACCCGCGACGCUAUUCAUCAUCCCUACGCUUUUCCAGAUGGUAAUCCUCGUCGUUUACGACCGGUUCAUUGUCCCGUUCCUUAGACGAAUAACCGGGUACGUGGGCGGUGUCACGCACCUUCAGCGCAUCGGCAUCGGAUUCCUUUCAACCAUAGUGGCCACCGGCGUUGCAGCAAUAGUGGAGGCCAGUAGGAAAAAGGUGGCACGAGACAGUGGCCUUGUGGAUGCUACAGCUGGAAUUCCAAUAUCUGUUUUCUGGCUGACCAUACAGUUCUUCCUGCUAGGCAUUGUGGAUGUCACCUCCUUUGUAGGGCUUCUUGAGUUCUUCUACAGUGAGGCGUCCACGGGGAUGAAGUCUAUUGGGAGCUCCAUCUUCUACUGCAUCCUUGGGGUGUCAGCUUGGUUGGGGAGCCUGUUGAUUCAAGUGGCAAACCGAGUUACAAGACACCGCGAUGGCACGGGAGGCUGGCUUGAUGGGACGAACUUGAACAAGGGGAAACUUGAUCGAUUCUAUUGGUUGUUAGCAGUUCUUGAGCUGGUGUCGCUAUUAGUCUACGUCUUCUUCGCCUCCAGGUAUGUUUACGGGAAUGACCAAAGGGUUGUGGCUGAUGAAGAUAAUAAUACGGCUCCAUCUGAUGGUACCAUAAAUGUGAUCUGAUCAUCAGCAACCAUUUCAAAGUAGAUUUUUCGUCUGAUUGGUUACCCGCGCCAUUUCAUCUUGAAUCACCGCAUGCAUUGACUUUAUUUGAGAUUAUGUUUUGUUGUUUGUACGAGGAAGCCACAGGCUGCAUGGGUGCAUGCAAAAUAAGUCAUUUUGAUACAAUUAACCUGCAUCCACUCAUACGCUCAAAAUUAUCGUAUCUGGCUGGACAGGGCGGUGCUAACCUGGGCAUGGACACACGGCCAUCGUAUCAGCUUAGCAAUAUUAAGCUGGCCAGUUUCAUACUUCCUUUGUUGGUCACAAAUAAGUGAUGAUAUUAACACAGUAUUGGAAAAAUAUAACUUUAACCACGGUUGUGUUGUACUAUACUCUAUUCAUUGUAAAUUAUAAGAUAAUUUGGAUUUUAUCGAUA